CCGCGACAUUCGACAUGGUCAUGGAGGACCGAUUAAACACCGGUGCAAAGGAGAUCCACGACCUCCCUUCGGCCUUACCUGCCAUCCCUUCCCUUGCGUUUGACAAACAGUGGUGGGAGCGCUCGGUCCAUUCGCCCUUUCCUCUCACGGGGACCAGGAGAACACCGGACGAGCCGUAUCCCCGAACCUAUGGCCCUCAUAUGCUCAGUAUGACCUAUGCCCUGGGCAAUGGGACCAUGCCUGGCAGUGCGACCGGAAUGGACAUGUCGAAUCGUCGAUCCAGCAGUCUUGGAGCAGAAUCCUCGUCGACAGGAACGAUCGAUUUGCCCCCCGAGAGCCCAUACUCGACCACCAACUCCGUUGGGUUCGGAAGCCAAAGCUCGCCUGCUGCCAUCAAGCGCGAAUCAGUACCCCCUGUCCCACCUUCCCCCAAUUGGAUCAAUGGACAAACUUAUUCCACGUCACCCAACUCUCUACGACUCGAAAGAGUCAAUAGCAACACCAACAAUGGCGGCGGAGCUACCGCGGGCGCUAAUAGUGCAAAAGACCCUAGCCCACCCCCCACCGCGAGUACGACCAAAUCCACCGAAUCGGAGGAUCGUCUACUACCCCAAACUCGAGCCACAGCUAGCCGAAAGCGGGCGGACGAUGACCUCAUCUCUCAUUCUUUCCGCACCGAAGGCGAAUGGCGCCGCCGUGCAGUUCUCGACAAUAUUCUCAAUGCCGAAUUUUUACUCGAUAACCUUAUGGAGCCCAACAAUGCGGGUCCCAACGAUCCAUUGACAAUGGGCCUCGGUCCAGUGGGCAAGAGCGUGUACGCGGUGUUCUUGGAGCAGGUUGACCGGAGUCAGUGGAAGUGCUUGUUCGGGGAUAAGGAACAUCCAUGUGGAAGCCAGGCUACAAGCUUCAAGCGUCUCGAGCGGGCUCUGGACCACGGUGGUAUACUUAUCCUACCUGCAGCGACGCCCGUUUCUUCGCAAAGUCUCACCUCCAGGACCAUGUCAAGAGGACAGAAAGUGCACGAUGCGAAACCUG